GAAUUUGUAUAUUGAUUUCAAAAGCGAAGUAAAGGGUAUAUACUCUCUUAUGCCUAGAAGUGGAGAUUCAUCGUGAGUGAAGCGAUGGAGCAGCAGAGAGACACGGUUCUUGUAGCCUCUCAAAACCCUAACCCCGUCUCUUUCACUAAGAAAUCGUCAUCUUCUUCAGGGCCGAAACGCUUCGUGAAGAACCAGAUUCCUGACUCCAUCAUCAACAAUGCUGCUCUCAACGCCGCCAUUGCUCUUCUCCCUUCCAACUACAACUUCGAGGUCCACAAGUGCGUGUGGCGAAUCCUCUCCUCACGCGCCAAGCGUGUCGCCCUCCAGUUUCCCGAAGGUCUCCUCAUGUACUCCCUCCACCUCUCUGACAUCUUCACCUCCUACGCCGGCGCCGACCACUGCCUCGUCCUCGGUGACGUCACCUACGGUGCCUGUUGCGUCGACGACCUCUCCGCCGCCGCCCUGGAGGCUGACCUCCUCAUUCACUACGGCCACAGCUGCCUCGUCCCCAUCGAUGCUACCUCCAUCCCAUGCCUCUAUGUCUUUGUCGAAAUCGCUAUCGAUGUGGACCUCCUCAUUGGUACGGUGAAGCUCAAUCUCCCUCCCGCCGGGCAAAUCGUCCUUGCCGGAACAAUUCAAUUCUCCUCGGCCAUCCGUGCUGCCAAGCCCGAGCUGGAGAAGGCGGGGUUUAGGGUUUUGAUUCCACAAUCGAAACCCUUGUCUGCGGGGGAGGUUCUAGGUUGCACUGCGCCGAAGAUCUCCAAAACAUCCUUUAUCUCUGAUGACGUUGUUGCUGUGUUUGUUGCGGAUGGGAGGUUUCAUCUGGAGGCUUUUAUGAUAGCGAAUCCGGCGAUUAAAGCUUACCGAUAUGAUCCUUACAUUGGGCGUUUGUUGUUGGAGGAGUAUGAUCACAAGGGCAUGAAGGAUUCGAGGAAAAAUGCGAUUUUGAAAGCGAGGGAGGGGAAGAAUUGGGGCAUUGUGCUGGGGACAUUGGGGAGGCAGGGGAAUCCGAGGAUUCUUAAUAUGUUGCAGGAUAGAAUGAGGGAAAAGGGUUUCUCUUGGACGGUGGUUUUGAUGUCUGAGAUAUCUCCAGCAAGGGUGUUACUGUUUGGGGACUCUGUGGAUGCUUGGAUUCAGAUUGCUUGUCCUCGGCUCUCCAUUGAUUGGGGUGAUGCUUUUGGGAAGCCGUUAUUGAAUCCAUUUGAGGCUGAGAUUGCUCUUGGUUUUAUACCUGGUUGGUGGGAGAAAGCUUCAAUAGCUAAUUCAGAUUGCAUCAAGAAUGGAUUGUGUUGUAAUGAUAACUGUGACAAUGGUGUUUGUGCAAAAGACAAGGUAGAUGUUUCCCAAGACUAUCCGAUGGAUUAUUAUGCCCAGGAUGGAGGGGAAUGGAAUUCCUCUUAUGCCAAAAAGUCGACCCGGCCUUCUCGGAGAAAUGUUUCAUCUUGUACCGGUAAUGGUGCCAUCUCCUAAUUAUCAAUCCAAGAGGCCACAGUUACAUGUAGAGAUGCCAUUGCAUACAAUGUUGUGCUUUUGAUGGAGGACAACCAAAUCUCCCAAUUCAGAUUAUCAACCUGAGAAACUGAGGAAUAAAGGUAGUGGCAUCAGACAUAGAGGACCAGUUGCCGACAAGGAAGUGUCUCCAUGAGAUCUCUCUUUGGAAUCAAUGAAAGUAGGCCUGCUUAGGAGUCCAUGCUCAAGUGAGUGCUUGGUGCAUGGUAAAACAACUUCAGACAUUAAAACAGAUGGCUUUUACUUCCUCUGUCACCAUAAGAAUUCAGAAUCUUCUGUUCUUAUUGGAAGUGGACCUCUUGAUGUAUAUUGCUGAAGAAGACCAGAAAUUGCAAGCAUUCUAUACAUGGGUUACCCAGUUGGGGUAGUGCAAAAAUGCUGGGAGAAAUUCAUCUUUGGAGAUUCAACUUUUAAGUGAGGUUGGUAUAAAAAAGUUUGAAUGUGUUCAUGACAAAUCUAGAUGCCGCAUGGAAAUGGAAUCAUCUAAAUUCGUUUCGCAUAGCAUCUGAGGGUAUCCUUGAAUGGACAAUAUAGUCAGCAUUAGAAACAAUCAGGGGGUAAUGAAUCCUCCCUUGAAAUCCUAAGAUAGUGAAAACAAACACACUUCAAAUACCAUUUAGAAUAUAAAAGGAUGGUUUGAGUUGAGCAUGAA